AAACUUCCAAGCUUUCGAAACAACAAAACCAGAGUUUGUCUGGUUCUGCCAUUUUUCCCUCCUCAUCUGAGCCAAAUCACUAACGACCCAUAAUUUGGUUUAGAUAAUUAGAUAUGGUUCAUUCAUGCAUCUCUAUUCUAUCCACGUCAUCGUCUCUGUGACUAAGCUCCGCGUCACCACCGCAUCUGUAUCUUUAUCCCUUCCUCACGGAUCCCAAUGCCCAUCCCUCUCCCACCCCAUUCAUUCUUCUUUUUUCGACCAAAUUUUUGUUGCUUUUUUGGAGAUCGACGAUUUUAUUUCUGGGUUUGAUUUAAAAUCUUAUCUUUUUUAUUUGAGGGGUUCUGGAUAUCUGAUUUGGAGCUGUGCUCGUGGUUCUUAGAUUUUCUGAGAUUGGAGGAAAAACGAGAACUUUGAACUUCAAUAUCAAUCAUUGUACUGUUGUUCUGUUGCUUAGCGCGUUUGUUUGUUUAGUUUCAUGGCGGAGACACGUUUACUUCAACGGUAUUAAUUGUAACCUUUGUGUCGCAUCUUGCAUCACAGGUUUUUAAGGAGUUUCCAAACAUAAAAUUAGUCCAAUUCAAUUAUACGAGCUUUAGAGUUAGUCACAGGAUACACCCACAAAUUCAUCAUCUUAUGAAAUCCUAGUGUACAACUGUACAUCAUUUACUCUGCGUUUUCACAUUUUAUUGUACACUUUAAUACUAACAUUGAAAGCACAGGUCUUUUAGUGCUGGCUUUCUUAUAGGUUAUUAUUUAAUUUUUAGUUUUGAGUUGUGUGAGAAGACAAUAUUUAUCUUUGACUUUUGAUUAAGGUAGAAUGGAUCAAAUUAGUAAUGAGGCUAGUGUCGACCGGUUUCCAAUUGGCCCUUCAGACAUUCUUGGUAGGACAAUUGCUUUCAGGGUUCUUUUGUGCAAGUCUAUGUCACAUUUGAGGCACCAUAUAUUUUCUCUGUUGUUAGAUCUCUUCUUUAGGUUUAGGGGGUUUUUGGCAUCGUUUAUAUCAUGGUUGCAUCCAAGGAAUCCGCAGGGAAUAUUGGCAAUGAUGACAAUAGUUGCUUUCUUGUUGAAACGAUACACAAAUGUGAAGGUAAGGGCUGAGAUGGCAUACAGGAGGAAAUUUUGGAGAAACAUGAUGAGAACUGCUUUGACCUAUGAGGAGUGGGCUCAUGCAGCUAAGAUGCUUGAUAAAGAGACACCAAAGAUGAAUGAAUCAGACCUUUAUGAUGUAGAAUUGGUGAGGAACAAACUUCAAGAGCUUCGCCAUCGUAGGCAAGAGGGAUCUCUUAGAGAUAUAAUAUUUUGUAUGCGUGCGGAUCUUGUUAGAAAUUUAGGUAAUAUGUGUAACCCUGAACUACACAAGGGUAGGCUUCAGGUGCCGAAAUUGAUCAAGGAGUACAUUGAUGAGGUAACAACUCAAUUGAGAAUGGUCUGUGACUCGGAUUCUGAGGAGCUGUCAUUGGAAGAAAAGCUUGCUUUCAUGCAUGAAACUAGACAUGCAUUUGGGAGGACAGCUUUACUUUUAAGUGGGGGUGCUUCUCUUGGAGCUUCUCAUGUCGGUGUAGUUAAAACACUGGUAGAGCAUAAACUCUUACCUAGGAUAAUUGCUGGUUCAAGUGUAGGAUCCAUUAUGUGUGCCGUUGUUGCCACUAGGACCUGGCCUGAGCUUCAGAGCUUUUUUGAGAAUUCAUGGCACUCAUUACAAUUUUUUGAUCAAAUGGGUGGGAUUUUCACUGUUGUUAAGAGGGUCACAACAUGUGGUGCUGUUCAUGAGAUCAGACAGUUGCAAAUGAUGUUGAGGCAUCUAACAAGCAAUCUUACAUUUCAAGAAGCUUAUGACAUGACGGGUAGAAUUCUUGGGAUCACAGUUUGCUCCCCGAGGAAGCAUGAACCACCUAGAUGUCUUAACUACUUGACUUCACCCCAUGUGGUUAUAUGGAGUGCAGUCACUGCUUCUUGUGCCUUUCCUGGCCUUUUCGAAGCUCAGGAAUUGAUGGCAAAGGAUAGAAGUGGAGAGAUUGUUCCUUACCAUCCUCCUUUUAAUUUGGGUCCUGAAGAGGGCUCCACACCAGCGCGCCGUUGGAGAGAUGGUAGCUUGGAGAUUGAUUUACCAAUGAUGCAAUUGAAAGAACUUUUCAAUGUCAACCAUUUUAUAGUUAGUCAGGCCAAUCCUCACAUUGCACCAUUAUUGAGAUUGAAAGAAUUUGUACGGACAUAUGGAGGCAAUUUUGCUGCCAAGCUUGCUCAUCUUGUGGAGAUGGAGGUGAAACAUAGAUGUAAUCAAGUACUGGAACUUGGCUUUCCAUUAGGUGGACUUGCCAAGUUGUUUGCUCAAGACUGGGAAGGUGACGUGACUGUUGUUAUGCCUGCCACCCUUGCUCAGUACUGCAAAAUUAUACAGAAUCCUUCGUAUGGAGAGCUUCAAAAGGCAGCCAACCAAGGGAGAAGAUGCACUUGGGAGAAGCUUUCAGCCAUAAAAGCAAAUUGCGGCAUUGAGCUUGCUCUUGAUGAAUGUGUUUUAAUUCUCAAUCACAUGAGAAGGCUGAAAAGAAUUGCUGAGAGAGCUGCUUCUGCUUCUCAUGGUCUGUCCAGUACUGUCAAAUUCAGCGCCUCAAAAAGAAUUCCUUCAUGGAAUUGCAUUGCGCGAGAGAAUUCGACAGGCUCUCUUGAAGACCUUUUAGAUGUUACUUCCUCAUUGCAUCAAAACAUUAGUAGUUCCAAUGGAGCCAAUGGUAAAGCUUGGAAGACCCACCGUGGCAUACAUGAUGGAAGUGACAGUGACUCUGAAAGUGUUGAUUUGAAUUCAUGGACCCGAUCUGGCGGGCCUUUGAUGAGGACUACUUCAGCAAAUAUGUUCAUUGACUUUCUUCAAAGCUUGGAUACUGAUACUGAAGCAAAUAGAAGCUUAGUGGGUCAUGCUAUUGCUAAUCCUCAUGAUCUUCAGUACCACAUUGCCAGGGUCACAACACCAGAUAGAAACUCUGACAGCACAGAAUCUGAGCAAAGGGAAAUUGGCAACAGGGUUGUCAAUGGAUCCAGCAUACUGGUAAAUGAAGGUGAUCUCUUGCAGCCUGAAAGGAUCCAUAAUGGGAUUGUGCUUAAUGUUGUCAAGAAAGAAGAUUUGACACCUUCAAGUAGGAGUCAUGAUUUUGAUAAUUACAACAAUGAAGUUGCUGAAUGUGUCCAAGAUGAGUGUCCUGGGAAGGAGAUGGAUGCUGCUAGCUCAGGUUCUGAAUAUGGAGAUGAUGAAUCCGCACCAAUUAUGUCAUUAACUGAUGCACCCGAUUACAGUUUCAUGGAUCAUAGCAUUGUUGGCAGUUAGUUCAAAAUAUUAUUUCUUUUCCUACUUUUUUCUUAUUGCUUUCAGCAUUGUAUAUAGUAGAGGCUUAGAGGGUCUCUAUUCAUGAUUUUAAUGUUUAUAGCCCACCAUUUGGUUUUACUCAUAAAUGUAACGAAGAGAAAGUGAAUUUAUGUACUCGCUUUCCACAACAACAUUGAUUUCUUGUUAGUGGUUACCACUUCUGCUGAUGAAUAAAACUGAGACGCGGUUCAUGAUAUUCAUUCUGGUUAACAGAAAUGGAUUAAGUGAAUUAACUAUAUUGAU